AACUCGUCGGAAAGAAGAGCUGCGGAGGCCCGAAAACGGGAAAGAGCCCUUGGCGUUUGCAAUUCCAUUUGCAUUUGCAUUGCAUUGCAUUUCUUCUUCUUUCCUUUUCUUUUUUGCAAACGACACUUUUUGCCGACACGCGUUGGCCCAAGAUCAUGGGAACGCCGGCAAAUCCCCGAGACGGGCUCCCGCUUUGAUCAUCAAACAAACAAGCAAAGGAGAGAGGGAGGGGGGGAAAAACCAGGAGCGCCCCGUGCAGCAGAGCCGGUUCGGGGAGGGCGGUGGGCUUCUUCUCCCCCUCUCCAUGGCUGGGUGCCUCGAAGAGGACGACGUCCCCCUGAUCUUGACCUUAGAGGACGGCAGGAGACGGAGGGUCGAUCCGGAGGGGGUCCCCAACGAAAAUGGCCUCAAUUACGACGAGAUCCAUGAUAUGUCCAGCCCAGUGACGGGAGAACGGUGUUCUCCGUGGGAUCGCGGAAGACGGACUUGGGAAAUAAACUACCAGGAAGCUGCCAUUUAUCUACAGGAAGGCGAGAACAAUGAUAAAUUCGUCACUCAUCCCAAGGACCCCAAAGCCCUCGCUUCCUACCUCUUCGUCCACAACCAUCUCUUCUACCUGAUGGAGCUCACCACGGCGCUGUUGCUCUUGUUGCUGUCGCUCUGCGAAGCCCCCGCCGUGGCCAUAUUCCGCCUGGGCAUUUACGUCCAUGCCACCUUGGAGCUGUUUGCCUUGACCGUUGUGUUGUUCGAACUCUCCAUGAAAUUAAGAUGGCUGGGCGGCCAUACCUACAUCCGGCACAAAAGGACCAUGGUUAAGGUAAGGCUUUACCUACCUCGCUUGAACUCGGCUGAUGUUUUUACCUGGAAAUAUAUCCCACCUAAAGGGACGUGGUGGCUCAGUGGUUAAGACACU